CUUCAUCACACUCACCUCUCUCUUAAUCUCCUCUCCAAAUCCAAUUCACUGCUCAGAGCCCAUGUCAUGAUCUGAAUUAAAAAAACCCCCCAAGAAAAGAUUCGAUUUUUGAUUCUGGGUUUUUCUAUUUGAUCAGAAAAACCCAAACCCAGAUCACAAUCGGGAUCAUGGGAGACGACCCUUCUUCGUCGUCCCAAAUGUCCGAGGACGACGACGACCGAUCUCCGCCGUUGGAUCCCUCCUCCUCCAACAAAGCCCGCAACUGCUCCUCCGGGUCGGGUUGCGACUACAUCAUCCCUUACCCGGACCAAGUCCUCGAGAACGUUCUAGAAAACGUCCUCUGCUUCCUCACCGCCCGCCAAGACCGCAACGCCGCCUCAUUGGUCUGCAAGUCUUGGUACCGCGCCGAGGCUCUCACCCGAUCCGGCCUCUUCAUCGGCAACUGCUACGCCGUCUCCCCCCGCCGCGCCACCGCCCGCUUCACCCGCGUCCGGGCGGUUUCCAUUAAAGGAAAGCCCCGGUUCGCAGAUUUCAACCUCAUGCCUCCCAAUUGGGGGGCCCACUUCAGGCCGUGGGUCUCCGCCAUGGCCAAGGCGUACCCUUGGCUCGAGAAAGUGUACCUGAAACGCAUGUCUGUCACCGACGACGAUCUGGCUCUGCUGGCCGAGUCCUUCCCCGGGUUUAAGGAGCUGCUUCUGGUCUGCUGCGAUGGGUUCGGCACCAGCGGCCUCGCUGUGGUCGCCAGUAAGUGCAGACAGCUUAAAGUGCUUGAUUUGAUUGAAUCUGAGGUUCUGGACGACGAUGUGGAUUGGAUAUGUUGUUUUCCCGAGAGCCUGACCUGUCUGGAGUCUCUGAUUUUUGAUUGCGUAGAGUGCCACAUAAAUUUUGAGGCAUUGGAGAGGCUGGUGAUGAGGUCGCCUUUGUUGAAGAAACUUAGGUUGAACCGCCAUGUUUCGAUUGGGCAGUUGCACCGCCUGAUGGUUCGAGCUCCACAGCUCACUCACCUAGGAACAGGCUCAUUCAGUACAUUGGAGGGCAAUCCUCAGGGGGAUCAAGAACUGGAUUAUGUCUCUGCUUUUGCUGCUUGCAAAUCUCUAGUCUGUCUAUCAGGGUUCAGGGAGAUAUUGCCGGAUCAGUUACCUGCAAUAUACCCCGUCUGUGCUAAUCUGACCAAUCUGAAUUUCAGCUAUGCAAAUAUCACUGCAGAACAACUUAUACCAGUCAUACGUCACUGCCACAAGCUCCAGAUUUUCUGGGUACUCGAUUCAGUAUGUGAUGAAGGCCUUAAGGCAGUGGCUGCAACUUGCAAGGAAUUGCGUGAACUUCGGGUUUUCCCAGUCAAUGCUCGCGAGGAUACUGAGGGUCCUGUAUCUGAGGUUGGUCUGCAAGCCAUUUCUGAGGGAUGUAGGAAGCUGCAAUCUAUAUUAUAUUUCUGUCAACGUAUGACAAAUGCAGCUGUGAUAGCCAUGUCAAAGAACUGCCCAGAUCUUGUGGUGUUUCGCCUCUGUAUUAUGGGGCGCCACCGGCCUGACCAUGCUACUGGUGAGUCCAUGGAUGAAGGUUUUGGAGCAAUAGUUAUGAAUUGUAAGAAGCUCACCCGUCUAGCUGUGUCUGGUUUACUGACUGAUCAAGCCUUUAGUUAUAUUGGGCAAUUUGGAAAAUUGGUUCGAACUCUCUCAGUUGCCUUUGCUGGUGACAGUGACAUGGGACUAAAAUAUUUGCUUGAGGGCUGCCCUAAAUUGCAGAAGCUUGAAAUCCGGGACAGCCCAUUUGGGGAUUCUGCAUUACGCUCUGGUUUGCAUCACUAUUACAACAUGAGAUUCCUUUGGAUGUCAUCAUGCUUAUUAACUCGGGAAGGUUGUCAAGAUGUUGCUCAAGCACUGCCCCGCCUGGUUGUGGAAGUGAUGAAGAGUGAUGAAGAGGAGGAAACAGGUGAAUAUGUUGAUAUACUAUACCUGUACCGAUCCCUUGAGGGGCAAAGGGAUGAUAUUCCAAAGUUUGUUGAUAUCCUGUAGACUUUGCAUUCAGAAGUUGGUUAGAAGUUGUUUCUACUUUUCUUUAUGGCGGCAUUGGACCAAGUGAGACACAUUUUACUGGGCGAAGUAUCCUGCGGGUGACUUUUAUAUAACCUGCUAGGUGGUUCCUGCAUCGCCAGAUAAACAAAGAUGAGUAAACAACUUUCGGUCUUGAGCCGGGAUUGGCAAUGGCAGUAAGAUGUCACAGUUGCAAAGGCAAUCAUAUAAGCAUUGCAGACCACAUUUCUUCUUAUUGGUUGUUCUGAGUUCUUUGGAGGAUGGCUGCAUGGGGUGCUGAUGCUGAGGAUUAAUGUCUGCGAGGUAUUGGAUAACCAUCAUCGGAUGUUUGUAUUGGUACGCUUCUAAAUUUCGUGUUUGUUUUUGUUCCAUAUUCAUUUGAUCAUAAACAACGGCCGCCAGAGGCGAAGGGACGGAAGGGUUUUUAAGCUGAUCAUGAAAUAUUCACACACGUCCUCAAGCGAACCACACUGUUUUAUCUCUUGUUGAGCAAAUCUGAAGUGGACAAUCUGACAGGUGAAAAUUUCCACGUCCCUCGCCUGUGCCGCCAGUAGAGAAGUAAAAGGAAGAGAGCUUAGUCUGUUUAUUUUGAUUCAAAUGGUAGUUUUAGUUUUUAAGCUGUAGCUGGUGAGAUCUAAGUGCCUUUAGACUGAUACAUCUCUCUGUUUCUCUGUCUCUCUUUUCCCCCAAGUGUUUGUUUCUUUCAGUUUCAGAUGUGUUGUUGUAGCACCUGACUGUUGAAUUUAUUAUUGUUAUUGUUAGCAAAUGCAAAUGUGAGAUGGGUAAUAAAUGCCA